AUGGCUCUUGACAGCAGCUCUUGCGGGCCCGCAUCAAGGGCAGACAAGGCCGGGCAAGCAGCAGAUGCGGCAGCUGCCCGUGAAGUGGACGUCGAACGAUCCCUGGCGGCCACAGGGCUGGGAGCAGCUGCUGCUGUGCAAGGUCAUGUCCCCGUGAUUGACAUGUCUCAGGAAGGUGCAGCAGACGCAAUGUGGCAGGCAUCCAGGGAGACCGGAUUCUUUGUGAUCACCAACCAUGGGAUACCGGAAAAAGACAUAGACAGGGUAUUCGAGUUGUCUGCCCAGUUUUUUGCCCAAAACAAAGGCGACAAAGAAGCGCAGAGCCCAUUUGCUCACAACUUGAACUCUGGGUACGAGCACUUUUCGCAAGUCCGACCAUCGACUAUGACUCCUGAUCAGAAGGAGAGCCUCCAAAUCACUGCCCGUGCAGGCUGUAUGGAAGGCCGCUGGCCAUCCAUUCCUGAGUUUGAGCCUGCUAUGCUUGAGUUUAUGAGGGCAGCCCAUGCUCUCGGGCAGCGCAUUCUUUCGACCCUGGAGCCAAUAGCAUGUCCAAAACUCAGCCCCGGCACGUUGGCCAAAGCACACAACCUGUGGGUGGACGAUGGGCAGUGCACUUUGCGACUUCUCCAUUAUCCUCCCGUGGAAGAUCCGAGCAAGAUGCCCGAAAAUUAUUGGCGAGCUGGACCGCACACAGACUGGUGCUGCAUCACUUUAUUGUUCCAGCGGCCUGGAAAUGAAGGCUUAGAGUGUGCCCCAAACCCGAGUGUCGUGAAGAAGGGUGCGAGUGCGCCAUGGCUUAGAGUCGACCCUGUACCUGGAGGAAUCGCGGUCAACAUCGGUGACAUGUUGGGCCGAUGGUCAGACGGCCGCUUGCUGUCCAAUCUUCAUCGGGUUCGCAUGCCAACACUGGAAGAGAGCACGCCGCCCAAGUCCCGCUACUCCACGGCUUUCUUCAUGCAAGCAGACAAGCAUGUCAAGAUCGAAGGUGAGGUUGGUGAACCCAUAACAGCGGGGGACUACAUUCUGGGUCGGAUUCGCAGCAACUUUGAAAAGUAG